GUUUCCGGCUGGUUGCGGUCACAUUCGUGCCUGAGAGCCCUGAGUCUGGCCAUUUUUAGGAUGUAGAUGGUGAGGAACUUGCACUAAAGUCAACUAAAUGUGAGGGCCAGCGGCUGCAGGAGUCAUGAUGGGGCUGUACCAAGGACCACGGCUCUUGGACUUUGCAAAGACCCCUUCUCACCUUCAGUUCAACAAAUAUGUCCUGACGGGUUACCGACCAGUGUCCACAGCUCAGGAGUGUCUCAGGAGCCUCUUCUACAUGCACAAUGAGCUGGGCAACAUUUACAGCCACGGCAUUCCUUUCUUCCUUUUCUUGGUGCUGCUGCCUUUCAGUAUCCCCUGGAUGGAGGUGGAUAACGUUUGGAUAUGCAUUGUCCACUACCUUGCCUGUCUCAGCCCCACCAUUGGCUCAGUGGUCUACCAUGUUUUCAUGAACCAUGUGGGAGGAGAACAUGUGUACGACACCCUGCUCUCAUUGGACAUGUUCGGGGUCUGCCUGGUCAACACCCUGGGGGCAAUUCCCAUCAUUUACAUUACCCUUCUUUGCUAUCCAACCGUGCAACAGACUGCCUUGUUGGCCUACAUCCUCCUGUCAGCCUAUGGGAUCUACUGUGCCACCACAGCCCGCACCAACGUCCUGCGUCUGCGAGCUUUCAUCUGGCAGGGUUUGUUCCGCUUCAGCCUCUUUCUAUUCCGGGUUUACGGCAGCGGGGUCGGCAGCCCAAACUCUCUGCGACUCUUUGUCAUCAUGGACUCCCUAGCUGUGCUGGGAGGUGUAGUCAACAUCAUCCAGAUACCUGAGCGUUUCAGCCCAGGCCUGUUUGACAACUGGGGCAACAGCCACCAGAUAAUGCAUGUCAUGGUUAUAUGUGCAAUUAUCUACCUGCACUGGGGCACCCUGGAGGAUUUAGCCUGGAUUAAGUCCUACCAGUGUCCUACUGAGUGAUGCCCAGAGCAUCUAGCUCACUCAUACUCACACUUAAGGAUACACUGGUGGAAAUGAGUAGUAAGAUUCAGAGAUGCAGGAGUAAAAUAUGGAGUGGAGUGGGAAGGGUGUUUCAAAAAUGCACUUUAGUCCUAGCUGCUGAGAUUCUUCACAAGGGAAGUUUAUAGUUUGACAUUUUGUCUGAGAAGAAAAAGAGGAACCUGCACUGUGGAACUCAAACAUCCCUGUAUGAAGUUACAAAUCCUGAGCAUACUUGAUUAUAGUUUGUUGAUAUGCAGUCGUUUUGGGUCAUAUUACCCAUAACCAAAAUAGCUCUUAAAGUGAAAAUGAAAUACUGUAUGUAAUAAAUGAUAUAUUUUUA